UUAACAAAUGUUAUUAGGUGCAAAGCAAGCACACCACUUACACCUCCUCUUCUUCCGCUUCCUCUCCUCCUCCUCCUCUCUCGGCUGACAACGAAGCAUCUCUAUUUGUUUUAUCAAGUUGAGGGGGUCAUCAUCACCGCCACCACCACCACCAUCAUCCUCAUAAUAAUCGUCGCCACUCUCCGCUUUCUUCUUCUUCAUCUCCUUCUUUCCCCCUUCCUUCCUUCCCUCCCAUCUCUUACAUGAUUCAUCCAUCCAUUUCUCUAAUUUUCUCUGCCUCCCUUUCGAUUAUUUUAUUUCUUUCAAGUUAUUUUUCCUUUUCCUUCCUUGUCAAUCCUGCUCCGUUUCUCUUCACCCCACGGUCUCUCUCUAUCUCUAGAUUUCUUUGGCAUCUCCCCCACAGCUUUCCAGUUGGCCCCCGCCCUUCCUCUUCCUUUUUUUUCACCCCCACCUUGCAGAUUUCCUUCCCUAGCUCUCUCUCUUUCUCUCUCCCUGGGGAAGGAACGGGAGGAAUUGUGUGUUUUAUGUAAAAGAAAGAGUGGACAAGAUAGGUAAAAAGAGGGAAGGGGCAAGGGAGAGGGGGCGGCGGAAGAAAUAUGCAGCAAGGAGGGUCUCCAUAUGAAGUGACGCAGUAUGGGGGAGGGGCCGCCGGGGGACGGGGCCACAUGAUGGGAAUUUCCGGCGGCCACGACAUAUCGACCUCUCAGCACCAACACUCGGAGCAGCAGCAGCAGCCACUGGCGGAGGCCGCGUCUCCGAUCAGCUCGAGGCCGCCAGCCAGAUCGGCCAAUUUCGAGGAGUUGGUGCCCGUGGGGGCGGGGGGUGGCUUCCCCGACGAUGAGGCGCUUGCGGGGGAGGAGGCCGAGAGGGGAGCUGGUGGGAACCGGUGGCCGAGGCAGGAGACUCUCGCCCUCUUGAAGAUCAGGUCGGAAAUGGACGCCGCUUUCCGCGACGCCACCCUCAAGGGCCCUCUCUGGGAAGAUGUGUCGAGGAAGCUAGCGGAAUUGGGGUACAACAGAAGCUCCAAGAAGUGCAAAGAGAAAUUCGAGAACGUUCACAAGUACUACAAGAGGACCAAGGAAGGAAGGGCCGGCCGGCAGGACGGAAAGAACUACCGAUUUUUUAAGCAAUUGGAGGCGCUCCAUGGCAGUACCAGUGGCACCUCCAACGCCAUCUCCACCUCUACCACAACACCAGUAGCGGUCACCACGGUGGCUGCGCCGCCACCACCAGCAGCCGCAAGUACAAUUCACAGCCCCACUGUCGUGGCAAGUGGUGUCAUGGGGAGUGCCACAAGAAUGCAGACUCAGCCAAGCAGUGCCACAACCGCGGCCGCCCCUAGCCAACCGAGCCGGCCGACCAUCCCCGGACCACCAAUUUUAACGAGGAUCCCCACCGAUCUGAGCCGCGAGAUCAGCCUAUCCUCCGGCGGGUCCUCAACGUCCGGAGACUCGUCCGAGGAAAUCCAGGAACAAAGCCAUAGAAAGCGCAAGAGAUCUUCCGAGUCGAGCACUCGGAAAAUGAUGAAUUUCUUCGAGGGGCUGAUGAAGCAGGUGGUGGAGAAGCAGGUGGCGCUGCAGCAAAAGUUUCUAGAGACCAUAGAAAAGAGAGAAGAAGACAGAAUGAUAAGGGAAGAAGCGUGGAAACGCCAAGAGAUGGCUAGGCUAAAUAAGGAGCUCGACGUUCUUGCUCAAGAACGCGCAAUGUCGGCAUCGAGGGACGCCGCCAUGAUCGCCUUCCUUCAGAAGUUCACCGGCCAAACUAUCCACCUCCCACCUCCUCCACAGCCGCCUCCCCCCCAGCAGCUCGCGCCGGCUGUUUCCACCGCUCCCGUCGUCACAAUUCCAGCCGUGCAGCCGCCGCACAAGCAGCACCACCACAACCAACACCACCAGCCGCAGCCGCCGCCACCUCCGCCUCAGCAGCAGCAACAGGUAGAGAUAAGGCCAAUGCCAUCGUCGAGUACCGAUAUCGUAGCUCACGAGCAGGAGCCGUGCUCGGGGGGGUUCGAAACGGCGAGCUCCCGGUGGCCGAAAGUGGAGGUGCUAGCGCUGAUCAAUCUCCGGAGUGGGCUCGAGUCGAGGUACCAGGAAGCGGGACCCAAGGGCCCACUUUGGGAGGAGAUCUCUGCGGAGAUGGGGAAGAUGGGCUAUAAGCGCAGCGCCAAGAGAUGCAAAGAGAAGUGGGAGAACAUCAACAAGUACUACAAGAAAGUGAAGGAGAGCAACAAGAAGCGGCCGGAGGACUCGAAGACGUGCCCCUACUUCCCCCAGCUUGACGCUCUCUACCGCAAGAAGAUCCUCGGCGGCAACUCAAGCAAGCCCGACCUAGAGUCGCCCCGCGAGCCAAGCCUGCCCCCAGAGCACCACACCGGCGGCGACAUCUUGGCGAUCAUGCCAACCCCGAUAUCGGCUGCCCCGCCUGAGAAAGAAGGCGGCGACGGAGAAAACGGCCGUGGGGGUGACGGCGGAUCAGCAAUGCAGGGACAGAAGGGCAAAAACAACAGCAACAACGGGGCAGGCUUCUACUCGGGCGCAGUGGAAGAAGGCAACGGCGUGGGAGCGAAGAAGCCAGAAGACAUUGUGAAGGGGUUGAUGGGCCAUAAACUGCAGCACCAGGCGGUUAUGGACAUGGACGAUCCCGACAGCGACAACGUCGAGGCCGACGACGAUGAGGAGCGAGAUGAUGAAGACGACGACGACGAAGAGGACGACGACAGGGAGCCAAGCACGCGGAUACCGGCGGCCUACGAGGCGCAGUACCCAAGGCAGGGGGCACCAACUUCCACCGGCAACGCUGGCUCGUUCAUCACCAUGGUUCAAUAACCACCACCCUCUUCUUCUUCUUCCCUCCUCCUUUUCUUCUUCUUCUUCUUCUUCUUCUUCUUCUACUUACUAUCUUCUUUGUCGUUCCUUCGUUUCCUUCUUCGGUCGGUCUUCUUCUUUCUUUUUUUUUUUUUUUGUCCUCCAUUCUUCAUCUUCGAUUUGAAAGUGUACCAUAUGUACCUAUUUCUCUGAGGCCGAAAUCUUCCGGACAGGCCUCGCGAAUAACCCCCCUCGAGUCGUUCUUCUUCUUCGAGUCCUACCACCCAGUUUCUUCAUGGCUUCCAGUAAGAAAAAACCAUUUUAUUUAUUUAUUUAUUUAAUAAAUUAAUAUUCGGAACAUCGACGGCGGAGAUUGAAUCGAAAGACAGGACAUCCCCUAAUCUUGCAGAAACAAAAAGAGCAAAGGGAAAGGAAACAGAAAAUCCCCACAAGAGAAGUAGAUUCGGAGAUCGCCGGCUUUACGUGCAGUUUGGUAUAUCCGGCGGAGAAGCCGGCGAGUUCGGAUGGUGGCCGGAAGAUGAAAGGCUUCCGUUUAAAGGUGCAAAUUUGAGAGAUGAAACUCUGGCCGUUCGAUCUCGAAAUUCGUAUUGUUUUUGCGCUUUAUCUGGAAUUUCUUUUCCCUUUCUCAUUUCUUGGGGGAGCUAUAGAAAAAAAAAAAAAGGAAGCUAGAGAAAAAAGAGAGGGAGAGAAUGAAUGAGGGGAUGAUAUUUCGUUUUCCAUUGAAGCUUUUUUCUAAAUUUAUUUUGAAUUUCCUGAUGUCCCAAUUGCCCGUGUAUCUGUACAUUUUCUGAUCUCAGGAUUCUGUUUUGUCUUCUCUCGUUCAUCCUUUUUGUUCUCUGUAAGUUUUGUUGUUGGUGGUGUUGUAAGCAGGGAAAAAAAAGCACUUUCUUCUUGCCAAUUUCCUCCUCCUGCGAUCAAUUUUGUUUUCAUCUUGAGUUCCUUUAAUCGAAUUGGUUUUCAGCCACCUCCAUUUAA